AUGGUCGCUCGAGGAAAAUCAAGGUUGGCAGGCCUGGGUCUCUCACUGCUCCUGGGCGUGUACUGCACAUACUUCGGCUUGGCCUUUGUUUGCGGCAUUGGCCGUCCCAAUGCGCCUGCGACACCACGGUCCCAGGUGGCCAUGAAGGUCGGUCCGGUGCCUGUCCAGCUGCCGUGGAUGAGUGAGCCCAUUGAUGGCUGGACCUUCGCGGUGUACAUGAUGGGCCUCUUCUUGGCAGUUGCUGCUUUUGGUGCCUUCCAGGUUUGGAGGCUUAUGUUCAGUGACGAGCUGGGAAGCUACGAGGAGAUCAAAUGGGGAGGUGCGCGGCCGCCCAAGGAAUAUGUGGAGGAGAUGAAGAGGAUCGAGGCUCGAAGAAAGCGGAGGUACCUGGACCUCAAGAGCGUGUCAACCGAGUGA